GGUUUUGUACAGGGGAGUCCUUUUAUUUUAAAGUUUUAAAUCAAUCUAUACUCUCUAUGGAUGAAGACUGAUUAGUUAAAGCAUGCCAUUGAACGAGUUAAUAAGCAGCCUUUCAACAAAUCCUUAUUUUGGAGCAGGGUUUGGCUUGUUUGGGAUUGGUGCUGGUGCAGCCAUAUUACGAAAAGGACUACAAGGUGGUUUGGUACUAUUUCGUCGCCAUUUAAUGAUAACUUUAGAAGUGCCAUGUCGUGAUAAAUCAUAUCAAUGGCUUCUUCAAUGGAUAACUACUAGAGGUGCUCGUGAAACACAACAUCUAAGUGUUGAAACAUCAUUCGUACAAAAAGAAACUGGAAAAGUCCAAACCAAAUAUGAUUUCAUUCCUAGUAUAGGAAAACAUUUAAUGUAUUAUCGCGGUGUAUGGAUUCAAGUAGAAAGAACACGUGAACAACAGACACUUGAUCUUCAUAUGGGAGUACCAUGGGAGUCAGUUACACUAACUGCUUUUGGGCGGAAUAAACAAUUAUAUUUUGAAAUUUUAGAAGAUGCCCGACAGCUUGCAUUGCAAGCUACUGAAGGAAAAACAAUUAUGUACACAGCAAUGGGACCUGAAUGGAGACAAUUUGGUCAUCCGCGCAGACGUCGGCCCGUAUCAUCUGUUGUUCUAGAUAAAGAUAUUAGUGAGCGAAUAAUUUCUGAUUGUAAAGAAUUUAUAAGUAAUUCCCAAUGGUAUGCUGACAGAGGCAUUCCUUAUCGUAGGGGCUAUUUGCUUUACGGACCUCCUGGAUGCGGCAAAUCUAGUUUUAUUACAGCAUUAGCUGGGAAAUUGGAGUAUGGAAUUUGUCUUCUAAACCUUUCAGAACGGGGGCUUACAGACGAUCGUCUUAAUCACCUUUUGAAUGUAGCUCCAGAACAAUCAAUUAUUUUAUUAGAAGAUAUUGAUGCAGCUUUUGCUUCUAGGGAAGAUGUUUCCAAACAGUCUGCGGCAUACGACGGCUUAAAUAGGGUGACCUUUAGCGGUCUUCUCAAUUGCUUGGAUGGUGUAGCAUCUACUGAAGCACGCAUAGUAUUUAUGACUACAAACUAUCUUGAAAGAUUAGAUCCAGCUCUUAUAAGACCAGGACGCGUUGAUAUGCAAACAUAUGUUGGUUACUGUUCUCAUCAUCAAUUGGUAGAAAUGUUUAAUAGGUUCUACAAACACGAAGUUUCAUCAACUGAUUAUGCUCAAAAUUUUGCAAACGCAGUAAUCGAUGUUGGUAUACCAGUUAGUCCAGCACAGAUCCAGGGUUAUUUUAUGAAACAUAAAACAUCACCAGCUAAACUUGUUGUAAACAAUAUAUCACAAAUUUGGAAUAAAGAAAAAAGUUUGUAAUUUUAAAUAUACAAACUUACAUGUUGAUCAUUUAUACAUAAA